AGAAAGGUCUUUAAUUAAGAAAUGAUGGCGGACCCGUGGACUAUACAAGCACACGAGCAUGCGAAGUUCUCGGAGCACUUUAGAAACCUUGGACCUGUCAAUGGAAAUUUGACGGGCGAACAAGCCAAAAGAUUCAUGUUACAGUCUCAGCUUCCUCCACCGGUCUUGGGACAAAUAUGGUCACUGGCGGACACGAACGCCGACGGUAAGCUGGAUUUGAAGGAGUUCUCUAUAGCUUGCAAGAUAAUAAACUUGAAACUCCGCGGCUUAGAGGUGCCAAAGAUGCUUCCACCAUCUCUGAUCGCCUCUUUAAGCCCCACAGGAGGCCAAUCGCAACAGAUCGUUCCGCCGACGAAACCAGCCAUCCCGCCCCUGCCCAACAUACCUCCCCAACCUCUGAUCUCCGGUCUAUCGCCCACUCAACCGUCCAACCAGUCGUUGCUGGGUGAUUUCGGUUCCGGGCAGCCGCUGAUCCAACCUUUGGUCCAGCCCGUCAAACCGCCCGUCAGUACGGUGCCGGAUCUGAUCUCCGGCGUGAAGCCGUUGUCGCAAUCCUUGCUAGACUCCCCGCCCAUGGCCCCCACUGUUCAGCCUUUGAUAGGCACCGUCCAGCCAUUAAUCGGUCCAGAUCCACUGAUGGGUAGCGUCCAGCCCCUGAUCGGCUCCCAGCCAAUGGCCGGACCCACGCCCCUAGUGAGCUCACCCCAAUCUCUAGUCAAUUCAUCACCAUUGGUUUCGUCGCAACCGAUUAUGUCCAGUCAACCAUUAAUUAGUGCGUCUACGAUCUCCGCACAACCUCUUGGAACAAUGCAGCCCCUGAUAGGGACCGCUCCACCUAUAAUGGGAGCGACUCAGGCCCUGAUCCAGUCUCCCCCCCUGUCUGGUCCGCCCCCGGCCUCGUCGCUCGGAGGCAGUCCCCCGCACCCGGUGGUCGCAGCUUCGGUUCCCGGACAGCCGGUGACGUCUACGCCGAUCGCGGCUCUGAACAAAGAGGUCAUAUCGAAACCAGGAUCCGUAGUGACGAGUCCCGAAGUCCCGAUGGGAGUGAUGAGCCCCCCUCCCAUGGAGUGGGGGGUGCCGCAGCCACAGAAACUCAAGUACACGCAGCUGUUCAACGCCACUGACCGCGCGAAGACCGGAUCCGUUUCCGGGACGCAGGCGAGGUCCAUCAUGCUGCAGUCCAGACUCCCGCAGCAAAGCCUGGCCCAGAUCUGGGCGCUGGCCGAUCUGGACGCCGAUGGGAAACUGGGCUGCGAAGAGUUCGUCCUGGCGAUGUACCUAUGCGAGAAGGCGACGCAGGGCGAGCCGGUGCCGGCCAGGCUGCCCCCAGAGCUGGUCCCGCCUUCCUUCAGGAGGGAAUCGGUUUCGUCCACGAGCAGCGCCAAGUCGUACGAGGAGCGGCGGCGGGAGAACAUGGCGCGCGGACAGGCCGAGCUCGAGCGCCGACGGACGCAGCUGGCCGACGCACAGAUGAAGGAGAAGGAAGCAGAGGCAGAGAGGGAGAGGAAAGAGCGAGAGGAAGCCGAGAAGAGAGAAAAACUCCGUCUGGAAGCCCAGCAGAGGGAGCAGGAGGAGUUGCUCCGUAAACAGAAGGAGGAACAGGAAAAACGCGAAGCUGCACGCAAAGAGAUGGAGAGGCAGUGCCAGCUGGAGUGGGAGAAGAAACGGACCAGGGAACUGGAAGCGCUGAGGAGCGAGGAGCAGAGCAAGGUGUUGAGUCUGAAGGCCAAGUGCCAGUCGCUGAGCGCGCAGCUCGGCGCCGAGAGCGUCCGCUGCAGCACCCUGGCCGCCAGCAUCCGGGACACCAGGACCGCCGUCGCCGCCGACAAGCGGACCAUAGACGGCAUGAGGUCCGACCGGGACUCCAGCAUGGCGGAGAUGCAGCAGCUGAAGGCGCGAGUCAAGGAGCUGAACGCGAAGCAGAUCGCUUUGAACAAGGAGAAGGCGGAGUUGGACGCCAAGGCUAAAGCCGCAGAGGGCGCUGGCGAGGAUGGGAAGCUCAGCAUGAUGGAGGUCACGCUCAAGCAACUCCGGGAGAAGGUGGAGACCGCCAAAGCUAUCGUGGAAUCGAAGACCGCGGACCUGCAGCACAACGAGGCCCAGCUGGCGGAGCUGAACGCGACGGUGGCGACGCUCAGCGACAAGUGCGAGAAGGUCUGGAAGCUGUACGAGGAGAAACGCAACGAGUACAUCGAGCGGAGGAACACGGCGCCCGCGGAGGGGACCUGGGGCAGCAGCGACGCGGACUGGGGCGCCGCGGACGCCGCGUGGAGCUCCCCCCCGGCCGAGGACGCGUGGGGCGACGCGCCCACCACCACCGCCACAGAGACGGUGCAGGCCGCAGCCCCCGGGGGCGAGGGCCCGCAGCCGCCGCGGUGGCGCUGCGUGUACCCGUUCGUGGGGCGCAGCGCCGACGAGCUGAGCGUGCAGCCCGGGGACCUCAUCGUGCCGCGCGCGCCCCCCGCCGCGCCAGAGCCCGGCUGGGCCUGGGGCAGCGCCAGGGGUCAGAGCGGCUGGUUCCCGGAAUCGUACGUGGAGGACCUCAACGCUCCCACCGCCUUCGUCACCGAGGUCAUCGAAACCCUCGAGCCGAAGACGCAGCUUGAAGGGAUAGCGGAGGUACCCGAACAGGAGGCCACCAGCGACCUCGGGGGCGCGCUGCCGGCAGUAGAUCCCGGCCGGACGGUAAGCGAGCCCGUUUCUGUUGAAGACGACGGCGAGUUCUACAUAGCGUCGUACCCGUACAGCUCCUCGGAGCCCGGCGACCUGGUGUUCGAGGCCGGCGAGAGGAUCGAGGUGGUGCGGCGCGACGGCGACUGGUGGACCGGCAGGAUCGGGGCCAGGACCGGCAUAUUCCCCUCGAACUACGUGUCCCGGGAGGCAGCGCCCGCGGCCACCUCGGAGCCCCAGGACUCCGCCCCGGCCGAGGCGUCCCCCGCACCCCCCGCCGCGCCAGAGCAGGAGGACACGUCGCCCCCCAACACAACCCCACCGAUACCUGCCUCUCAGGACCAGAAGUCCUCGACGCCGAUAUCGUCGGAGGUGGCCAUGUUCACGGACCCCGCGCGGCCCCCCUCCGCCGCCGGGGCGCGCCGCGACUCCGGGCGCGACUCCGUCACCGGCCGCCGCAAGCACGAGAUAGUGCAGGCGCUCGCCAACUACACCGCCACCAGCCCGGAGCAGCUGAGUCUGAUGAAGGGACAGCUGCUGGUGGUGCGCAAGAAGGCCGACAGCGGCUGGUGGGAGGGUGAGCUGCAGGCUAAGGGCAGGAACCGGCAGGUCGGCUGGUUCCCCGCUUCGUACGUCAAGGUGCUGCAGUCGUCGGGGCGGACCUCGGGCCGCACCACUCCCGUGCUCUCCUCGAAGAUGGACGCUCUACCCACGGAGACGGUCAUCGACAAGGUGGUGGCGCUGUAUCCGUACACGGCUCAAAACGCGGACGAGCUCAGCUUCGAGAAGGACGACAUCAUAGCCGUCACCGACCGCAGCCAGGACCCGGCGUGGUGGCAAGGCGAACUUCGUGGCAUGGUCGGCCUCUUCCCCAGCAAUUACGUUACGAAAUUAGUUAAUUAAUUUAAAUUUAAUGAUGUUUGUUCUGUACCGAACUGAGAGAAUGUCUUCGUUUUAAAGUAUGCAGGGUAGAUGUAAGGAGCGCCAUCUUGUAUAGGGGACAAGUUGAAGUGUGCCUGUAAACAGUGAGUUGUUGUUGGAAGUCUCACUG